AUGUAUGGUCGAUCGCCUGUCUUACCAUUCGAUUAUCAAGAUGCAAAUGUUACGAUCGCAUAUGAUUCUAAACAUGCGAAAAAACUUAGUCAAUUUUUAUCAAAAUUAAACGAACAAGCAAAGAUUAAUAUUAUAAAAAAUCAAGAACGAUAUAAACAACGUUAUGAUGUAAAUCGUUCUGAUUCAUCGCACAACAUCGGUGAUUUAGUUCUUGUUAAAACGCUCAACAUCCGUUACAAAUUUGAUGUUCGUUAUGAAGGACCCUUUAGAAUUAUUCAAACAAUUACACCUAAAACAUUUAUCGUCCAACACGUCAAAAAACCAACAUUAUAUCGUCAAGUUACAACCGACGUGUUACUACCAAUAUUUCAACGAAUUUAUUAA